AUGACUGUUGGACUUCUAUCAGCAGAAUCUACAACGACAAAUUUAAAUUCAUCAAAUAGUACUUCUCAAAAUCGUUCAUCAUUUUUACGUGAAUGUGAUGAAGCCUUAUUAAUUGAACAAUUAUGUAAAGAAAUACAAUUUCUCAAACAUCGAAUUGAACGACGAUGUUUAAAAACAUCAAAAGUUUCAGAAAAUUCUGUUUCAUAUUAUGAACAAUAUGCAGAAUUUGAUCCAUUCAUUACAUUAUGUGAACCAUCAAAUCCAUGUAUGAAAGAUAUAUUUAUAAGCACACUAUAG